ACAAGCUUCUCCUCUUUCUCCUCCUCCUCCUCCUCCUCUCACCAGAUCUCAACUCUACUAUUUUGCUCAAUCUCUCUCUCUCUCUCUACCUCUGUCCAUGUCUAAGAUAUACUCUCCUUCAGAGGUCUCCCUCCACACCUCAAAAAAAGAUUGCUGGUUGAUCAUCCAUGGCAAGGUUUAUGAUGUGACCAAUUUCUUAGAGGAUCAUCCAGGAGGGGAGGAUGCUCUCCUCCAUGCUUCAGCUUCCGGGGAUGCCACGGAGUCAUUCGAGGACGUGGGCCACAGCUCGUCGGCGACGAGCAUGAUGGAGAGCUACCUCAUCGGCUCCAUUGAGGGCUACGUGAAGGCGGAUAAGGCUCCGGCGGCGCAAAAUAGCACUCAGAAAGCUGCUGCUGCUGCUGCUGCUUCUCCGUCAUCAUCAAGCUUCUUGGACUUCCUCCUUCCCCUAAUCGUCCUCGCCUUCGCAUUUGCAGCCUGGUACUAUCUCACCUUUCAGGCCAAGGCCAAAACAGGGCAUCAAGAACUCUGAAUGGUUUCAAAAGGUGGGAUGCGUACUAUAGGAUAAUAAGAAUGCACAAUAGCUAUCAACUCUCACUCAGUCUUGAUGUGAAAUUUGCAAAAAUAGAUCAGUGAGUAUAAUUCGGCAGAUCGUCAAUCGGUCGCACGCGAAUCAUACUUUGAGCGAAAUUCCUGGCUUGGUUUUACAGUAGGUGCACUAGACCUGUUCCUGUUACAAGCAUUUCCUAAUCUGUGUGGUAAAAACGUAGUGUCAUGCUCAUUGUCAAAAGCUACAAGAGUGACUCUUGGGAGAUACAAUUCAAUUGAGUGGUCCAUCUUAAAAUCAAACUAAUGUUAUUGAAUGCAAGAUUUGAGAGGGAUCAAUUUCGUUUUUUAUUUUUA